AUUCGGAGCAUCUUAUGUAGAUUCCUUCCUCUCUUCCCCAUAAAAUCUUCAUUACUCACUCUUUCUCCUCCCCCUCCCUUCUUCAAACCCAUUAGCAUUUUCCAAAUUAUUCACUUCAACUCAACUCCACCAACAAUUAUUGACACAUAAACAGAGAAAAUGAACAUCUUGGAGUAUUCUCCUCUGGAGCCUCUAGCUUUCAACUACUUGAACUUUGGUUUCCUCACACUCUUAAACAAUUUAUUGACUCGCCUCGCCGUCACCUUCUGGAGGAUUCGGGCCCCUAAAUCCGAAUUACUCCCUCCUUCCGAUGACCCGACAUCCGAGACUACCGACCCGGAUCCGGUGGUAUCGGAGCCUGAUGAUGCGGUUCGUGAGCCAGCGCGUGUUCCAACUGUGGUUGGUAACGGCGGCGCUGACGACGUUGACGGUGUGACCAAGGGAAAGUUUACCUUGUAUUACGAGGAUGACAAGGAAUACGAGAGUGACGAGACGUUAACGGUGACGGAGGUGUGGGAUGAGAAAGAAGGAAGAUCUGAGUGGUGGGAUAAUUGGGAAAAGUUGUUGAGGAUGAGGAUGGGAGAGAACGAGGAUGGAUGGUACACGUGCCAGGAUUUAACGUCGCUUAACGGGAACGUUGUUAGGUUGUGGGAUGGUGGGUUGAGGUUUGGGACAUUCACAAAGGAAUCAAGGGACAGCUCAACCUGUGUUCGUAUGUGGUAAUAAUUUAUAGCAUAGCUUGUUAGAUAGACUAUUAAGUGUUGUACGUAGUACUGGAUUAUUAGUCUCUCCAUCAAGAGUGAGAGAUUAUUGAGAAUGUAUAUAUGGUAAUUUGGUAAUGUGUUUCGAUAACGAUCAUCUUCAUCGUUCCAAUCUCAAAUUACUGAAACCCAAAUGUUUAAAGCAAGC